GAACGACAGCCGCUGAACGACAAGAACAUAAUUGAGAUACUUGGGCGAAGGCCUGUGUAUCAAUCCGUGAAGCAAGGUCACAGCUGUGAUGACAAACCAAUCACCGGACUGAGUUUCCUGCCAUCCACCGCCCGAGAGAUUAGAGUCCAUUGCUUACUUGCGGCAACGAUGAAGUCCACGCGGCCAGUGUUUUCCGUUGUGAAGGCGGUAAUCCUAGGCCCUCCAGGUUCUGGAAAGGGUACUAUUUCAAAGAGGAUAACGAAGGACUUUCCUUUGGACUGCAUUAGCUCCGGUGAUCUCCUUCGGGCACAUGUGGCUGAUAAUUCCAUGAUUGGUGUUGCGGCCUCAAAGUAUAUGUCAAAAGGACAACUUGUGCCUGACGACUUGGUCACAAAAAUGAUGCUUCAAGAGUGCGCUAGAUAUCGCGACUCAAACCUGUUGCUCGAUGGUUUCCCCAGGACGGUUGAACAGGCAAAGGCAUUAGACAAAGAGACUACAAUUAAUUGUGUGAUUAACCUCGAUGUCCCGUUCGAUGAGAUUAUCAACCGUGUAAAAUGUCGAUGGGUUCAUCUCCCUAGUGGUAGAAUUUAUAACACUGAAUUCAACCCACCCAAAAUUCCGGGCCUAGAUGACAUUACCGGUGAACCACUGGUUCAACGCGAAGAUGAUCAACCGGAGACCGUGAGAGCACGUUUGGAAACUUACGGCCGCGUAAUGAAACCCUUGUUUGAUUACUACAAGUAUCUCCAAAUCAAUCUUCGACACCCAGUCCAUCAGGCCGCCUUCAAUGUCCGCACUCUGAAGCAAGCAGGACAACGAACUGCUCUUGCACUCACACUGGACUCGCUCGGCUUUGAUGUGUGCUCGUCUCAGAAACGAGGAUUCAAGAUGCAAGCACUGUUUGGGCUAACCGCUCCUUCAGUCUCCACUCCCUUUUGGCUGCGCAACUCUGACAAUCCAGAGGCUGCAGUGGCGGAAUGUACGGAGAUUGGUAUCGUCUUAAGUCACCGGGCGGAACUGUCCUUGUUUGACUGUAUACCUGUUGAUAGUCGCAUCUGUGCGGAUCGUCUGGUUCAUCUCACAAGCGGGAAGCUGAUCCCUGUCUAGCCCACAGUUGAAGUAGAACCCUGGACGGUGAAUGUAGAACCACCUACGGCCUCGGAGGUUUACGACUGCAUAUGUUCUCUCAAGCGCCACCGAGCUCCUGGUCCGGAUGACUUCCCACCCGCACUGUUCAAAGACGGGGGUGAAGUCCUCAGUCAGCUCUUGUUCGAUCUGCUUGCUUGCAUUUGGGAAACGGACCCUGUCCCAGACAAGUGGAGAGCAUGGUCGCGGAAUUUACUACACAGUUUCAGGGGUCGCUACUCCAAUGAGUUGUGGCCAUUGGUUCACAAGGCCUUCUCACAGUAUCUGAAGCCACUUCAAUACACGGAAUACAAGUAGGGACAAACAAACAGUCAUCAUAUGCAUCACUUUACCGGUUUUUAUCUCGAUUGCUCUAUCCCUGUUGUUUCUAAACGCAUUUAGGCUAACUGUUUCGAUUUCGGUUCAGACAUGAUAUUCCUCCUUCCGCACAUUCCUGCCCCAUAGUGUGACCAGAGAUAAAAUGACUUGUGCACAUUAAAGACUGUGACUGUUUCACAAGCUUUCUUUUGAUUUGAUUCGAUCAAUGGUAUUAGUAACAUUUUAUCGGAUGAUUUAGGACUGGUCAGUCGCCCCUCAAAGAGAUAUUCUCGCUACGUUCUUUAUAGUUCCUCACGGAUUUUUAUGGUACGUAAUAAUUCACGGCCACCUGUUUGCUUAUGCUUGUUUCGUGGUCUUCGCUAACCAUACGAUGUCCUUGAUUCCCCAACCUAUUGGACUUUCCGGGAUUUUAUACGCACGUGUCUUCCGUUUGUCGGAGAAGUUGUUUUCCAUCCCCAUCAGACGAGACUAGAC